AUGUCCGACACCUCUUUGAUAUACUGCAGCUGCUGGGACCCUCGAAACCUGGGACCAAGGAAGCUCGUUAGGACUAUCCCGAUCUCUGCCCCUAGAGGGAAACCUAAAUUGUCCCCUCUAUCAUCUGCCUUGAAGGAGCGAAAUUACUUCUUACCACCACACAUUAAGCCUUUCAGUGGCCCAAGAGCACAGGUACUCACCAGAAAGUAUGCAUUGCGCAAAGAAAAGAAAAUGCCUGAAGACACUGUAAAGAUCUCUCCUGGAUUUUCCUACUCUCAAAGUGAAGAUGAAAUCUCAGUUUUACUGGGAGAUGAGAUGUUUGAAAGGUCAAAAAAGCGUAAAGAUGAGCCUAAAGAUGUAGUCAAAUCCUUACUGCCCAGGACAGAUGUCGUUGCUGACUUAGAAAAUCAGAUCACGGAACUAACUUCAGUAAUAGAGCAAAUGAACAGAGAUCAUCAAAAUGCUCAGAAACUGCUUAGAGAAGAAAUGGAACACCGGUACAGCGAACUCCAGAAAGAAUUUGAAAAUAGCAAGAGAGAAUUCAAGGAGACUCACACUUUAGAACUUGCUGCUCUGGAGGAAAAGUAUAAAUCAUCCUUGAAAAUGGAGAAAACAGUCGCACAAGGAAAGCUAGAGGGUAUGGUGAAAGAGUAUAAGUAUUUGAAGAAUAUGUUCCGAAUGUACCAGGACAGUAUCGCAGAUGAAAUGGAAGAGAAGUGGUCAAGGCGAAAGGUAGAAUGGGAGAAGAAUGAAAAAAUGGAACGAGAAAAAGUCUUGCUGCAACAAAAAUACAGAUUAACCAAGAAAUUUGAGGUAGAUGUAGAGGAAGAAAAGAGAAAACUAGAAGAACUCCAUGUCCGAACCUGUGAAAAGUUCAGUAAGGAGAGAGAGGAAUUCAUGAAACAACAUGAUGCAGAUCUAAUACAAUUAGAAGAGCUGCAGAAAGCCAAAGAGGUUGUGGAGGAAGAAUUGCAAGCACAGUCUCUUAUUUUAGAAUCAUUGAACACUUCAUUGUACCAGAGUCAAGUGGACCUCCAAAAAGAGAAAAACAAUGUACUUCAACUGGAACAGCUCCUCCAAAAGAAGCUUAAUGAAAUGGAGGAAAAGUAUAAAUUUAUAACGCAGAACCUAACAGAGGAAAAUACAGAAUUGAGGCAUAUGCUAAUCCUAAAGAAUGAAGAGCUUUUCCAAGAAAGGAACAAGCAAGUUAAGCGUGAAAUCUCUUAUCAUGACAGUUUUAUUGAGAAUGAAAAUCAAAACAAAAAGGAAAAAAGUUGA